AUGGCUCAUUGUAAAGGUGAAUCUCAUGUGGCUUUCCCUUCGAAAAAUAAUGUAAAUACUCAUUAUUGGAGUCAAAAUACCUCACGGAAUAACGAUACAAAGUGUUAUUUCUCAAAUGGCAAUUACGGUGAACCAGUACGUGUAGAAAAUGUACAGAACCAUAAGAGUAGUCACAAAAAUAACAAUGCUCCUAACAGUAGUGGGAAACGUUAUGUAUCUGGUCAACAAAAUGGACGUGGUAAGGAGAAAAUUUCAAAUUGUACGGGUGAACGUACAGCCGGUGCGCAUUCAUCAUCUUUCCCAUCACUGCCUCCUAGUUUAAGAGAGUCGGAACGUAUGAUGAAUGUUCAACGUUGGAUUAACAGUAUUCCAUCUGAUUUACCAUCAUGGAUACAAGUAUCGCACGAUAAAAUAAUCCCUGUCAAAAAUCCACAUCAGUGUUUUUCUGAAAUAGAAGAUCCAAGUGUAUAUGAACAUGCAGAUUCAUUGGAUCCAGCUUUACAUAAUGACAUUUUAGACUGUAGUAACAAUACUAUUGUUGAUAAUGUACACAGAGAAGGAAAUUCCACUGGUCAAAAUAUGAAAUAUUUCGAUAAACGAAAUAAUCAUUCAUCGAAUCCUACACAAACCACCACCACCACUUCAUUGGGAUUAAAUCAUCGUGGUGUAUCAACUGGUACACAUGGUGUUCAACCACCUCCUGCACUGCCCUCUCAACUAUCUUCAUCUGCUCAACAUGGGAGUACUUCGAAUAUGAAUACUUCAUUAGGUCUAGUUGGUUCCCAAUUUCCAAAUGUUUCCAGUGGUAAUUCUAUGAACUCUCAUCGAAAUUUACUUACACCUAUGAAAAAUUAUCAGUCAAAUCAAGAAAUUGGAAUAUCGAAUCAUAAUCAGCCUCAUCAUUUACCUUAUUGUAUAGAAAGUGAUCCAAAUGAAGGGAAUUAUUCAUCUAGGCAUAGAGUUGAAUGUGAAACCAAUAAUGACUACCAAAAUAAUAAUAAUAACAAUAAUCAUAAUAAUAAUUCGAACAAUACUCAACAAAAUCAAACCGGAGGUUCCGUGAAAUCAAAUGGCCGAUUGUUUAGUGACACAGAAAUUCAGAUGAUAGUUAAACCUUCAGAUAUCUGA